AUGAACACAAUGCUUUCUCUUGGUCUUGCUCGCUUGUCGCCUCUACGUCUCUCAGGCUUGGCAAGCUUGGCUUGGAGCCUCCGCCCUGCCUGCUACCUGCGGCACAAACUUAGUCGACAGUCUGAGCCUACCGUCUCCGUCUUCAGCGUGGGAUCCCUGCACGGUCGCUCAGGUGUCGGUGCUGAAGCUGAGCUCCGACGUCUGCACGCGAGGUGCCUAUCGCUCGAAGCAAGCCUCUCCACCGUCCUCGGGCCGUUUGCCUUGACUACUGCUGGGGUUCCAACCGCGGGAGAUCUUGAGAGGCUGACGACCGUCUGUCUGAGCAGCGACUUUUCCUGUCCCUCCUCACACUGCCGCAUCCUCGAGCUGACUCGGAGCUCUGACGGCACCACCUCCUUCAUUGACCCAGCAGGGGGCGCGACCCUUCCCUUCCUGACCUGGAACGCGGUGCUGGAGAGCCAGCGACUCGGUCGAGGGUUCACUGGAGGGCUCAAGUCAGGAGCAGACGUGGAGCAUGUGACGUGGGCUUGUGUGGUGCCGUCAAAUUGUUCGUCCAGUUUGAUAGGAGAGUUUCAUUUUUGGGGCUGGAACUCAGCGCUAUCAGUCAUCGCGCCUUUGAACGAGGUUUCUCUCUCCUUCUGCUCCCUCAACUCCUCCGGCGCACACACGCUCCUCGUCAAGAACUCUUUCACCGACGUCUAUGACCUCACCCCCUCUCUCCAGCAGGCUGACCCUCUCCUCAACAUCUUCCUGUGGGCUUUGGACCCGACCGGUUGCAGAUCCUUCCAAGCGCGAGGGAACACAGACAUUCUCGUUCGCCUGCAGAUCUCAGGCUUCUAUCCCUAUUCUCGCACUCACUACACUGGACGCGACGGCAGCUUCAUCUUCGCGGGCCUGGUUCCCCUCCAGCAGGCACCGACGCUCGUGAUCAGUGAGGCAGCUUGCGACCUCCUCCGCCCUCACGCUCCUGCAGCUCUAGAAUGGGGCUCAAAGCCCUCCAACCUCGAUCUCUUCGUCAGCCUACCAGUCCUUGACUCAGACCAGCAGCUCUUCUCUUGCGGUCUGCGAGUCAAUGGCAGCACUACCUGGCUCGAUCCGGACUCUGAGCUCGCUUGCCGAAGCGCAGGAGGAAGUUGGAUUCAGCGACAGAUGCCCAAAGGCAGCUCGGCCCUCGCGCUCUCCUCCGAGGACGUGAAGUUGGUCGCCAGCGCGAGCGGGAUCAUCCGACUUCAGCGCUCCGACGCCUCACCGUUCGGAGUCGCGCUCCCUCCCGGCGUCUACCGCGUGUACGCGACAGUGCGAGAGGCUGAGGGAACGUUUGCGGUUGAGACGGGACGAGCGACUGUCGCUGCCUACUGGGGAAACGCGACAGAAGCAAAGGAACGAGUGACGGUCAGCAGCCGGACGGUGAACGGACUGAGAGGAAGGUGGUGGCAUGCACUCAACGUCAUUGCCAAGCAGCAGCAGGCAAGAUCCUGCCUGCAGAUACAGCGAGUCGAUGCGCUGGUAGGAGGAGACGCGUCGGCUCCCUACGCGACCCCUCCAGCGCUUGAGAUGCAGGAGGCAAAGGAUGUAAUGUGCAGCAGCUGA